AUGUAUGAUGCCUACAGAGACCGAGACCACGAUAUGGACGAGACCAAACCCAAGCUGCCGCAGCUGCCGCCGCUGGUGACGAAGGCUGCGGCUGGCAUAGAUCAUCGUACACGAAUUGCUUGGACGCCCUUCGAUGACCACGAGCGACCUACAGGACUGGGUCAGGGCAAGGGCCUUGGCGGAGCGCGGAGCCGGCGGCCGCCGCCACCGCCCGCGGAAGGCCUCGGCGUUGGGGUGCCGGCCGGGCACCGUUUGUCUGGGGACGGGACGCGGCCAGGCCGGACAGAGGAGGCGCACACGCCGGAGCGCGGCGGUACGCCGGAGGCGGAGGAGGGCAUCAUCUACCCCUCGCCAUUUGUCGGGGACGAUACGGUAACCAUGGUCCGGGGACCACGGGGCUCGCCGACUGGACGCGGGUCGCCCACCGCGCGCGGGUCGCCGGGCAGGCUGCCAGGUUCGCCCGUGGGGCGCAGCUCACCGAUGAGGCGACGAUCGCCGAGCGGCCCGCAGGUGUCGCCGGUCGGGCGCGGGUCGCCGGGCGGGCCUCGGGGCUCGCCGGCGCGGUGCGCGGAGCUGCCGGACGUGAUGUUCGGUGACGAGGAGCCUGCGCUGCGGCCGCUGCCGGGGCUUUCCGCAGCGCGGGAGGGCAUUCCGCCGUCUGUGUCGACGGUGGGGUCUCGGCGGGACCAUAAGCCAGGGCUACACUCUGCGGCUCCCUCGAGCCGGGCGCGACUGCUGAGCGACCGCACUUUCUCCGAAACGCUUAGCAGCUACUAUACGUGUUCAAGCUACACGUUCAAUGAGUACGCGCGCCACGGAAGCUUUGGGUCCGUUAUGGGGGGCCAGCCGCUGGAGCAUGUGCCCAGCGUGAACGCCCCCACACAGCCGCUCAGCAUUGAGCUGCUGAGUGAGGAAAAGCUGUACCAAUGCUACUGUGUGCACAAGCUGUCGGACAUCUACGAGUGGCUGCUAAAAGUGUACUUCGAAUGGUUCAACGAGUACAUCCUGGGUAAGAUUGAGUUUAUACAGCUGGUACAGCUGUUGCUAGAGUUCCAGCUGCCCAACACAUAUGAACAAGAAGUCAUUGAUAAAAAUGUGGACCAUAUAAUCGGCUCGCUCGUGAAGCAGGGCGCAGUACGAUUUGAGCCCAACCCACAACAAACACGCGGCGAUAUCACAAUUAUUGUUGCUGGACUUAAUGUGCAGGGAGUUUUCACAGAAUUGCUAUCCUGUUACUCGCUCACGCACAAGAAGGAGAUGAACACCGAAGAGGGCUAUGUAUGCUACUCCAAACUCUGCGCGUCGCAGAUGUUCAACGAAACGAGACCGUUGAUGCGGGUCUCGGAGGUGCUCAGCCGCCCGGUGGGACUUUGGACCGAGUACUGGAAACUGACGGACGAGGAGCUUUCAGAGAUUAAUCCUAAAGAAGUAAAGCGCCAGAGCUACAUAUUUGACCUUAUUGUGCUCGAAGAGAAAAGUCUGAACCUGGCCCAUGCUGCCGUAGAAAUCUACGGCGCACAAUUCUCGCCGGCGUUGCUGCCCACCGACGAAAACUUCGCCUCUCUUGCCUUUGACAUCUUUUAUCCGCUGAUUGACUUGCACAAGGAACUGCUUUUGACACCUAUUUUUGGGAAGCUGCAGACGAAAGGGAAGUUCAUCGAUGGCGUGGGGAAAAUAUAUAUCAAAUGGUGUAAUGAGGCGCGCGCAACAUACCUUCAUUAUGCUGAAUCUAUGGCUGUGGUGCAUGAGAUUAUUAGCUGGGAAAAGCAACAUGAGACACGGUUUGCUGCUUGGUUAAAGGAGAUCGACGAAUCACCGGAGAUUACUCGCUCGAAGCUCUACCAUGAUGUCAUAUUCUUUGGUGGCUUUUUCAAAUCUCUGCAGAAUAUGCCGGUGACACUUCGUUCGAUAUUGAAGUGUACAGAUCCAUCCAUGGAUGACUACGAAUAUCUAAAUACUGCUAUUAAUGAAAUUGAGAAAUUGAGUACAGAAGUGGAUACGGUCCACGGUAUGGCUGUUGAUCAACGUAAAAUCGUUCGGUUUUCGCGGCAGAUUCUUUUCAGCAGCAGCAGCGCUACUGUUGGCUAUGUGAAUAUUAAUGAUGAAGAUAAAGUUAUACGCCAGGAGAAACUGAACCUGAAAUUGACCGAAAAGACAAGGAAGCUGCUGCGAGAAGGUGUUGUUUACAAGAAACGAGAACUAUGGCUUGAUCCAGUACCGGUGUAUAUAGUAUUGCUGGACAAUUACUUUCUGAUAACGGAGAUUGUCACCAAGGGAAAUGAAAAGAAGUAUAAGCUUACAGAAAGGCCUAUACCACUGGACUAUUUGAGCCUGGAGCGGAAGGAGGAUCUGAAAGCGAAUUCUGCAGAGAAGGAGGUCACGCUCAUGAAUGUCAACUCAAACAACAUCGAUGGUCUAACGGCGAAGUCACCUUCCCCAAACCAGCUGGCAGACCCUAGCAACGUGCCUCGGCAUGUCUACAGGACUAAUGCCAGCACAAUGGCUCUGGAUGUGCCGGACGACCUAAUAUAUUCAUUCAAAGUGCGUAAUACGGCUACCAAUGACUCCUUUACCUUCCAUACUUUCACUGUGGAGGAAAGGGACGCCUGGAUAUCAGCGAUCGUUGAGAGCUUCAGGAUUCACACAGAGACGAAUGAUCAGCGGGUCUUCAAGCUGCACGUUUUGUCGGACCUGUUCAAGUACGAUGAACGCCAGGCGCCCACAAACCUACUGGUUGCGCCAGAGGGUUCUGUUAUCGAUGUUGCUCUCAAGGACUAUAAGAAGACGCAGCGUGAGAAGAAGACGCCAGUGGCAGCUGAUAUCAACUGCUCCGGGAAGUUUGUGUACGAAUCCAAGACAUUCGUCAUAUGCGGCUCGAACCACGGCAUAUAUAUGACCAUUGCCGACAACCCGACGGGCUGGAAGCUCGUGCUGCACGUUCUGAAGGUGGUACAGGUGGAAGUCAGCCUGAAGCUCAAUCUAUUGUUCGCACUGUCGGACAAACGGCUCUGCUAUUUUUCGUUACCAUCCCUCAUCUGCGCAUAUUACGAUCCUGUGCAGUAUCUCCCAAAUAACCAGGUCGUGGGCGUCAUACUCCAAGACAAGGUCACCUAUUUCACAAUGGCGGAGGACUUUGGUAAUUCUCGGCAGCUCUUCUUUGAACGCAAGGGAAAGAUCGUCGUGCUCACGCCCGAGCUGGAUGCCAUAACCGCAGCCUUCAAGCUGUUCAAACCUUACAAACGAUAUAAGCUCCCUCUCACGAGCUCCUUCACCAGCGUCGAGGUGUACGGCAUCGUUGUGUUCCGCACGAGCUUCAUUGUCUGCACGUCUAAGGGUGCAAUCCUCUACAACGAUACCUUCAACGACCACGGCAUCACCCUCCCGCAGCUCCUCAACGACCCCGACCUCGUGCAGCGUCUGAACCACAUGCAGAUUGCCAACAACCCGUUCAAGACAACCAUGGAGGCUGCCGCGCGCCAUGACUCCUCCAAACAGAAGAUGGCAGAGUACGUCAAAUUCGAUAUCGCCGCGAACAAAACCCGCCCGGUGACCUGCUUCCAGCUCUCCCCCAACGAUUUCAUUCUAGUCUACGACGAGGCCGUCAUCCGAAUGAACAAGUACGGCGAGAUCGCGAACUGGAAGGCCGACAUCCUCGUUCUCGACUUCUACUGCACCGCCGCCUGCAUGACCAGCGAGUUCCUCAUUCUCACAGGCGAGAACCUCGUGCAGAUCUACGACUUCAACUACACAGGCAACAUAAUGAAUAAUGCCCUCAGCAGGCUCACGCCCGUCCAGAUCAUCAAGGGCAAGAAAAUCCGCCUGCUCAACGCGAGUAAGACGCCCGAUCCUGUGAUCGCCCUCAGCCAUCCGAGCUACCCCGGGCGCCAGCUGCUCCUGGCCUUUUCCCUCACAAGAUGA